CCGCUCAGAGAGAGUCACAGCUUAUUGCCGGAGGAGAUUAAAAAAAAAAAAAAAAAGUUGUCUAUUUCUCUUCUUUCCCCAAACCCUAAAAAAGUACGCAGCUUUCCCCAGAUUCAUCGUUUCAAGAGAUGGCGGAGGAAGAGGUUGUUACUAUCCCUGCGACACCGGUCGAUCUGAAACGCAAGCUCGACGAGGUUGAGCCUGAGCAACAUGCCGGCUUGAUUAAUGGCUCUAACGGAGAUAUAUCAGAUGAGAGCAAACCAGCUUCUGAUUCUUCUCAGGCUAAGCGAGCCAAGCUCCAAGAUGAUGAAACUCCAGAUGGUUUAGAUAAUGGGAAAACGCAAGAAAAUGGUUCUUCAGUGGAGGUUAAAGAAGAAGAAGAGCUUCAAGAACCUAAGGAAGAGGAAACUGAGGGACCAAGUGUACACAAGGAUGAGAAUCAAGAAUCUUUACCUCCUGUUGAGGAAGUUCAAGAUCCCAUUAAUGCUGAAGAGUCUGAAAAAAAUAAGACUUGUGGUGUAGAUCAGCCAGCAGUUGAAACUACUAUAGAAGAAUGUAAUGGUAGUGAAUCUCAGAAAGAGGUUGAUGAAAGUAGUAAGGAAUUGAAUGAGAAGGUAAUUGGUGAAGAAGAAAAUAAGGAAUUGGGUGGUGAUAAUUCUCAGAAGGAGGUUGAUGUUACUCAGUCCACGACUCGUAGGAUUGAUGUCCCAAGUUCAAAGGUAGGUAUACUGAUUGGUAAAGGCGGGGAGACUAUACGGCAUCUUCAGUUUAACUCGGGUGCCAAAAUCCAAAUUUUGAGGGAUUCAGAAGCUGAUCCGAACUCUGCGCUAAGACCAGUUGAGAUCAUUGGAACUGUUGUAUGCAUUGAAAAUGCUGAGAAGCUUAUCAGUGCAGUCAUAGCAGAGGCCGAAGCAGGAGGUUCACCUGCCCUAGUUGCGAGGCGUCAUCCUGCCACUCAUGCUAUAGGGAUUCCAGAACAGAUAGAGAUUAAAGUUCCGAAUGAUAAGGUUGGUCUUAUUAUUGGCCGAGGUGGGGAGACAAUCAAAAACAUGCAGACAAGGUCUGGAGCACGCAUUCAGUUAAUACCUCAACAUGCGGAAGGUGAUGGUGAGAAGGAGAGGACUGUCCGUAUUUCUGGAGAUAAGAGGCAGAUUGACAUAGCAACCGACAUGAUAAAAGAAGUUAUGUAUCAGGAUGCAAGGCCGUCACCCUAUGCUGGUGGUUGUAAUCAGCCUCCCUACCGACCCCGAGGGCCUGGUGGUCCACCUCAAUGGGGUUCACGAGGUCCUUAUGCUCCCCACUCAAUGCCCUACGAUUACCACAACCGUGGACCGUAUUCAUCUCAAGGUUCACAUUACAAUUCUCCCGGUUACGGUGGUUAUCCUCCACAGCAUAUGCCCCCUAGAGGUGGAUAUAAUGCUGGCUGGGACCAAAGACCUCCACCUUCUGGUCCUUACGAUUAUUAUGGUAGACAAGGAGCUCAAACCUCUGGUCCAGUUCCACCUCCUGACCAUGCACCUUCUCCUGCCUUGGGUGCGGCAACUCCUUCCGGUGAUGUUCCUUACCAAGGUGCAACUCCAGCAGCAGCAGCACCGUUAUAUGGCAGUACCACUACCAACAUGGCUCCACAACAACAAUAUGGUUACACGUCAAGUGGUGGGCCAGUGCAACAGCAAGCAUACCCUUCCUAUAGCUCGGCUCCAUCUGACGGUUACAACAAUGGUACACAAACACCUGCAACUGGUCCAGCUUACCAGCAACAAAGUGUUCAGCCAACUUCUUCCACUCAUGACCAGCCUGGUGCACAGCAGGCUGGAGCAGCUGGAUAUGGUGGGCAAGUAGCUCCAACCAGUGGGUACAGUUCAUAUCCAUCCUCACAGCCUGCUUAUGGUACUGCUCAGGCCCAAAACAGUGGAAACUAUGGUUACAACACAAGCUCUCAAGAUCCUAACUACGGAUAUGGUGCAGCACCGGGAAGCCAAACAGCUUAUUCACAAGCAGCAACUACUCAAGCAGGAUAUGAGCAACAGCCUGCAACUCAACCUGCUGGGUAUGUGACUGCUCCAGGGAGCACACAAGUGAAUCAGUACGAUGCAAGCCAGGUUUACGCAGCUCCACGUUAAAAGAAUCAACCAAUGUUGCAAAGUUGCUAGACCUGCUGCACUAACGCAGCUGGAGUCUAAGACAGUUUCUUAUGAAAAGGUGGAUCUGAUUCGUCUCUGACUCCUUCACCUUGAAUGCUUUAUUGUAAUCUCUCAAUUAACCUUUAGUUGUUGAACUGUUGUUGAACUGUUGCUGAUAGUUUAAGCUCUUAUAUUUA